AGCGCAUUUUGUGCAGCACACAAUUGUUUCCCCAUGUGAGUUUACUUUGAUGGAUCAGACACGUCUAAAAUUAUAAACUAUGGAAAACAUCACCGAUGGAAAAUGGGACAGUCUUCCUGUGAAACUUAAUGACAACAUAUCACAGACUCUUAAAGAGCUGAAAUUUACAUACAUGACACCGGUUCAGUCUGCCUGCAUCCCUCUUUUUAUGAGUAAUAAAGACGUAGCUGCGGAGGCGGUGACUGGCAGUGGAAAAACUCUCGCCUUUGUGAUUCCUGUCUUAGAAAUUCUCCUAAAGCGAGAAGAAAAGUUGAAAAAGAUGCAGGUUGGCGCAUUGAUCAUAACUCCCACCCGUGAGCUGGCGCUGCAGAUCAGUGAAGUUAUGGGCUGUUUUCUACAGGGAUUUCCUCAGUUCAGGCAGAUUCUGUUAAUUGGAGGCAGCAACCCCAUUGAAGAUGUUGAGAAGUUUAAGGAUCAGGGAGCCAAUAUUGUGAUUGCGACGCCCGGUCGAUUGGAGGAUAUGUUCAGGAGGAAGGCAGAUGGUCUUGAUCUGCCCACCGCUGUGAAGUCUCUGGAUGUUCUAGUCUUGGAUGAAGCAGACCGAUUGCUGGAUAUGGGCUUUGAGGCGAGUUUAAACACUAUUCUGGGGUAUUUACCGAAGCAGCGACGCACAGGACUUUUCUCUGCCACACAAACACAAGAGCUGGAGAAGCUGGUGAGAGCGGGUCUGAGGAACCCUGUUCGUAUCACAGUGAAGGAGAAAGGUGUGGCGGCCACAAGCGUACAGAAAACCCCUGCGAGACUCAGUAACUACUACACAAUUUGUCGAGUCGAGGAUAAGUUCAACACUUUGGUGGCGUUUCUCAGACAACACAAACAUGAGAAGCAGCUGGUGUUCUUCAGCACCUGUGCGUGUGUGGAGUAUUUCGGUAAAGCCCUGGAGGUGUUAAUCAAGAACGUCACCGUCCACUGCCUCCAUGGCAAGAUGAAAGACAAACGAAACAAGAUCUUCGCAGAUUUCCGAGCUCUGAAGAGUGGGAUUCUUGUGUGCACAGACGUCAUGGCAAGAGGUAUUGACAUACCGGAAGUGAACUGGGUUCUUCAGUACGACCCACCAAGCAGUGCAAGUUCCUUUGUACAUCGGUGUGGGCGAACUGCACGCAUCGGGAACCACGGCAGUGCACUAGUCUUUCUGCUACCAAUGGAAGAGUCGUAUGUAAAUUUCCUUUCCAUUAAUCAAAAGUGUCCCCUACAGUUGUUUCGUCCAGUGAAAGAUGUGGUUGAUGUUCUUCCUAAACUGAAGACAAUGGCUCUAAGAGAUAGAGCAGUAUUUGAGAAAGGCAUGAAAGCCUUUGUCUCGUGUGUCCAGGCGUAUGCCAAACACGAGUGUAGCCUGAUCUUUCGCAUUAAAGAUCUGGAUCUUGCCGCUUUGGCUCGUGGUUUCGCCCUCCUCCGUUUGCCCAAAAUGCCUGAACUGAGAGGAAAGACUUUCCCUGACUUCAAAGAGGAGAUCGCGGACACAGACGCCAUUCGUUUUAAAGAUAAAAACCGUGAGAAACAGAGACAGAAAAUGCUAGCACAGCAGAGAGAGAAAUACAAAGAUAUGCCACCGAGGAAAAACUAUGUCAAGAACAAAGCCUGGUCUAAGCAGAAGACCAGAAAGGACAGAAAGAAAAAAGUAGCAGCCAAAAGAAAACUGAAUGAGGGUUCAGAUGGUGACGAUGAAGACCUCAAUGAGCUUUUAAAUGACACGCGUGUGCUGAAGAAACUCAAGAAGGGAAAAAUCAGCGAAGAGGACUUUGAAAAACACAUAAGUUCAGCAGGGAGCUCAAAGCACAAACAAGCCACCACGUCUCAUGAGGACAGUUCUGAUGGAGACGGAGAAUGAGCUGUGAUUGGCUGAUCAGUUUGAACAGUUUUAGAAGCCUGUAUACAUGGACGGUCAUUUGACUUGGAUGUGCAAAUAUGCUGGAUCAGCAGCGUCAAUUUCAUGAUGGCUUUAUGUUUACUGUACGAGGAGGCUGCAUUCUUCACAACUGAUUUUGUAUUAAUGAUGUUGUCUGCCAUAUAUAUCCCUGCCCAAAAAACAAAGAAUUAAAGGUUUGUAAUGUCACUGGGGAAAAUAAGCUUUAAUAUAUCUAUUAAUCUUUGGCACUAAUUCCAAAUCGAGCAAGUAAAAUUAUUAUUUUACACAUCUGCUGUUACUGUUAUGCAUUUAUGAGGAUAAAAUGUACAAGUUUCAGAUGGCAAAAUACACAGUAUUGUAUGUGACCUUGACAGACAGGAUAGAUGGACGGAUGGACGGACAGAUAGAUAGAUAAAAUCAAAUCCCUAUUGUCACCCAACCAUAUACACAAGUGCAACAGUGGGUGAAAGUCUUGGGUGCAGUUCCAAGCAACAUAGCAGUCAUGACAAUUACAAUAAACAUCUGAUUUACACAAAACACAAUUUACACAUCUUGUUACACAACACAAUAUACACCUAAUAAUAUACAAUAUACAGUAUACAAAAAAUAAGACUGUAUACAAUAAAAAUACACUGUACCCCCCCCCCCCCCGCCCACACACACACACACACACAUUUAAUCAGUGAAAAUAAAUAUGAAGUGUUGUGUUGACAUUCAGCUGUCGGUUGAUAGUCAGUUGCCAUUGUGUUAUUAAGUGAAGUAUAAAAUGUGGGUCCAGUCUGAGGCUAAUAAAGUGUGGUGCUGAUAUAUGU